AUGCCUCGGCUUCAAGGAACCCUCACCAAGGUGGGCGCUGCCCUGUCCGCCGCCGCCGCCUCCAACGAUCAAGUCCGCAUGUACGAGAACAUGUCAUACGACGAUGCCCUCUCUGGCAAACAAGUUUCGUUCUCCGCCGCUUGGAUCCGCAACGCUCUUGCUUUCUGCGCUAAGCGUCAGAUCUCCGCCCACUGCUUGCCACAGGACCCGAAGGAGCUUACCGAAUUCAUGCACGCUGUCGGUUGGGACGUAACCGACGAGGAGCUCUUUACGGUCCUCGCCACGAAGCUACUCUCCUGGUUGUCUCGCACGAUUACGAACAAGAACCUCUCGCCUGCGAUGAUUGAGACGAAGAAGAACCCCGACCAGACACGUAUGGCAGACUGGGAGAACGUCUGGGCCGCCUACACCCUUCGGUGGAUCGAUCCCAGCUUCGACUUCAUCCUCCGCCAGUCCUCUCCUAAGCCUCCCGCCGGUAUGAAGAACCUGCCUCCGCGACCUUCUGUUCAGCGUCAGUACAAGUCUGCGGGAGCUCUGAUCGCCGCCACCGCCAACGGGCUCGGGUCCCUCGCGGCUCCAAAGGCUGGCCUGCUCAAGAAAUCCGAGCCGGUCCUAGAGGCGUCCGCUGAGGAGGAGUCAUUUGUUGUCCAGGAUCUUCAGGAUCUCGAAGCGGAGUCCGUGCAGAACGAACCGGACCUCCCUGUUGCCUUCUCCGAUCUCUCCCACCCGCAGAAGAGUGCCGUAGUGCCCGCCACCAAGAUCCACAAGCCUGCCAAGAACUCUCUGCCUAGCAAGGCUCCCAUCCCCGUGGAGAUCUUCGCCGCCGUCACCGCCGACCCGCUCUUCCUCGACUGGCAAUACGAACCGUCCUCCGUCACUCUCGGCCCCCUCCAGGAGAGCUCCUUCAAUUACGCCCUAUCCCACCCCGACUUCAUGUCAUGGUGGCAGGCGGAUGUCAAGGCCAAGAUGAAGGCUACUUUCGAGAAGGGCCAGAAGAACAUCAAGCAUCGUGGGUACACCACUCCUCCUGCGAAGACGGUCAAGACGGCGAAGAAGACUUCUACUAAGAGGGCUGUUCCGGUCUUCAAGAAGAAGGUGCAGUUUCGCUCUGCUUCGGCCAGCUCUGCCUCGUCCUCUUCCGCUGGCUCGAUGUAUGGUUGA